AUUUGAUGCCUUUUGCGUCGGCGGCCAUAACGUUCUUUCUCGUCUUUCGCCAAACGCGACCAACCAUGGGCAAGGAGUCGGAACCUAAGGCGACAGUUCGCACCAGGAAGUUCAUGACCAAUCGGCUCUUGAACAGAAAACAAAUGGUUGUUGAUGUCCUGCAUCCAGGCCGAUCAACUGUCCCCAGGAGUGAGAUCCGCUCUAAACUUGCAAGGAUGUACAAGACUACUGGUGAUGUUGUCUUUCCAUUUGGCUUCAAGACAGCCUUUGGUGGUGGCAAGAGCACAGGUUUUGCUCUUAUUUAUGACACACUAGACUAUGCCAAGAAACUGGAGCCUAAGUACCGCCUGGAAAGGCAAGCUCUCAUUGAGGUCAAGAAAACCGCUCGCAAGCAGAGGAAAGAGCGCAAGAACAGGAUGAAGAAGGCUCGUGGUACAGCUAAGGCGAAAUUGGCCUCUGCCACAAAGAAGAAGAAGUAAACAAGUAACCGUGGAGCUUCAAGGAAAAUAAAAUUACAACUAAAA